AUGGAAACACACACACACGUAUUCUAUCUAUCUAUCUAUCUAUCUAUCUAUCUACUUCAUUUCCAUUCUCUUCUCUUUUAUCUAUCUAUCUAUCUAUCUAUAUAUUCGUAUACACUGUUUACUACUAUCCCUUCAUUUCUUUCUUUCUUCUUUCCUUUCCCUUCUUUCCUUCUCUCUCUCUUUCUCUCUCUCUCUCUCCAUUCUCUCUCUCUUUCUCUCUCUCUCUCUCCAUUCUCUCUCUCUUUUUCUCUCUCUCUCUCCAUUCUCUCUCUCUCUUUCAUAUUUUUAUAUUCGAAAAUCUACUUUCGUCUACAUUUUAUUCUUUUUAUUCUUUUUAUUCUUUCGUUUUCACCUUUGCUUUUCUUCUUUGUCAUCUUCUUCUUCUACCAUCAUCGUUUUCUUCUUUUUCGAUUUUUUUCUUCACUUUCACUCUUCUUCUCCGAAUUCAUUUUAUUCUUCUUUCUUUCUUUCUUUCUUUCUUUCUUUCUUCUUUUACCUUUCAUUCUUUCGCUUUCUUCUUUCUUUUUCUUUGCUUCCUCUAAUCUUUUAAUUUUUUCGUCCUUUUCUUCUUUCACAUUCGCUCACUCAAUUUCUUCACAUUAUUUGCAAAUGCUAACUUCAUUUUAA